GUGGGCGGGUCCCCGAGGAGUCCGAGGAAGAGAGGGCGGCGGCGGUUGCGGUGACUGAGCGGAGCCCAGCGACAGGAUGGCUGGGCACAGAUUGGUGUUGGUAUUAGGAGACCUGCACAUCCCACACCGAUGCAACAGUUUACCAGCUAAAUUCAAAAAACUGCUGGUGCCAGGGAAGAUUCAGCACAUUCUCUGCACUGGAAACCUUUGCACCAAAGAGAGUUAUGACUAUCUCAAGACUCUGGCUGGUGAUGUUCAUAUUGUGAGAGGAGACUUCGAUGAGAAUCUUAAUUAUCCAGAACAGAAAGUUGUGACCGUUGGGCAGUUCAAAAUUGGUUUGAUCCAUGGACAUCAAGUUAUUCCAUGGGGAGAUAUGGCCAGCUUAGCCCUAUUGCAGAGGCAGUUUGAUGUGGACAUUCUUAUUUCGGGACACACACACAAAUUUGAAGCAUUUGAGCAUGAAAAUAAAUUCUACAUUAAUCCAGGUUCCGCCACUGGAGCAUAUAAUGCCUUGGAAACAAACAUUAUUCCUUCAUUUGUGUUGAUGGAUAUCCAGGCUUCUACAGUUGUCACUUAUGUGUAUCAGCUAAUUGGAGAUGAUGUGAAAGUAGAACGAAUUGAAUACAAAAAAUCUUAAAGCCAGGCCUGUCUUGAUGAUUUUUCUGUUGGGCUUUUCUUUUUUUCAUUCCCCUGUUCAACUCAAGUAAUUAAACAUUUAAGAGCCACAAAAUUGUAUCACUUUUAUAAUAUUUUGCAGUAAAAUAUAAUAUCGUCUUCUGUUAAUAGUGUUCUAAGCUUCUUGUAAACUAUAAGAUUAUAUUUAGUUUAAGUAUAUGAUUUCUAUGAAAAAAAUGCCCACCACACAGUAUGGUCACAUGUUAAGAAAAAUUUAUCCUUGUAAAUAUCCUCAUAGUUGAUAUUUGGAACUUUAUUACCAAAGUAGUGCAUGAGGAGAAAGAAUCUAGACUUUCUUGUAUACAUUUUUCUCUUCUCCAGUAAUAAACAGUUACCUUUCAUUUA